UGAUGCCUCGCGUGCCACCAUAAGCUCUACGUACGUGCUCAAAGCAAAAACAGAUUAGACCAAAAACCAUUUGCCUGACCAGAAAUGGCGAAACCCUAAACAUUGACUUCACUAAUUCUCCCCUUUGAUAAAAAUCUGCUCUUUCAAGUUUCACUAGCCACCAAUUGAGCGCAGAUCCAAAAGAUUCUGAAGAAAAAUCCAGCAGAGCCUACAGAGGUUCCCUCUUUUCUCUGCCCCCUAUAUUCGAAGAUCUCCAAAGUCUCUCUAAACAUGGCUGUCGCCGGCGAAGUCGCCGGUCAUUCUUCUCUUCUUGGCAGGUCCUCUCUCCUGCCCGACCCCAAAAUUUUGAAAAUGGAACAGAGAAGCGGCCUCUGUUUUUCCAUGCCUGUUCUGUUUCCAGCGAAACAGGGGAGGCUUCCGUCCCGUUCUUUGAGGGUUAUGCGGCCAGCGGUCGCUACGAUAAGCGAGGAGGUGUUGAGUUUGGUGGUGGGAAAGCCGGCGAAGAUCAAGGUGAGAGCGGUGGUUACGGUGAGAAGAAAGAGUAAGGAGGAUUUCCGAGACGCCGUCGCUAACCAGCUCGAUGCUCUGUCCGAUAAGAUCGGAAGAAAUGUGGUUUUGGAACUCAUAAGCACAGAGAGUAAUAGCAAAACAAAGGCGCCGAAGAAGAGUGGGGAGGCAGUGAUCAAGGACUGGUACGAGAAGAUGAAGGUUAAAGGAGAGCGAGCGGUCUACACGGUGGAUUUCACGGUGGACUCUGGCUUCGGCGAGCCCGGCGCCGUCGCUGUGGCCAAUCGACACCAGCGCGAGUUCUUCUUAGAGAGCAUCGUCGUUGAAGGAUUCGCCUCCGGCGUCGUCCACUUCCUCUGCAACUCUUGGGUGCAGUCAACCAAGAACCUCCCUUCCAAGCGCGUCUUCUUCAGCAACAAGUCUUAUCUGCCAUGGGAGACGCCGGAGGGUCUCAAGGAGUUGAGGGAGAAGGAGUUGAUGGAGCUGAGGGGAGAUGGAAAAGGGCUUCGGAGAAUAUCCGAUCGGAUUUACGAUUAUGACAUAUACAAUGAUUUGGGAAAUCCUGACAAAGGGAAGGAGCUCACCAGGCCAAACCUCGGCGGCGAGAAGUUGCCGUAUCCUCGCCGGUGCCGUACCGGCCGGCCGCCAACGGAUACAAAUCUGUUAUGUGAGAGCAGAAUUGAGAAGCCCCAUCCAGUUUAUGUGCCUAGAGACGAAGCAUUCGAGGAGCUGAAGCAGGACGCUUUCUCCGCAGGGAGAUUGAAGGCUGUGCUUCACAACUUGAUUCCUUCUCUCAUAGCUUCUAUUUCUGCUGAUGAUUACGACUUUCAAUGUUUUCAUGACAUCGAUAACCUUUACAAGGAAGGGCUGCUCUUAAAGCUUGGAAUUCAGGGCCAUCUUCUCCAUAAGAUUCCUCUUGUCAAGAAGCUCCAUGAGUCUAGCCAUGGCUUACUUCGAUAUGACACUCCAAGCAUUCUCUCCAAGGACAAGUUCGCGUGGCUCCGGGACGACGAGCUGGGCCGCCAAGCUGUCGCCGGUAUCAACCCGAUCAACGUCGAGCGUGUACAAGUCUUCCCGCCAGUAAGCAAGCUCGAUCCGGACCAUUACGGCCCACCCGAAUCCUCCCUCACUGAGGCCCACAUCGCCGGCCACCUCAACGGCAUGUCCGUCCACCAGGCAAUGGAAGAGGGGAAGCUCUUCAUGAUCGACCACCACGACACCUACCUCCCGUUCGUCGACCGUAUCAACGCACUCGACGGCCGUAAGACCUACGCCACCCGCACAAUCUUCUUUUUAAGUCCGUUGGGGACUCUCAGGCCGGUGGCGAUCGAGUUAACGCUUCCGCCGGAGAUCGCGGGAGGCGAGCGGCGCAGCCGCGUGCUGACGCCGCCGUGCGAUGCUACGACGAGCUGGCUGUGGCAGCUGGGAAAGGCGCACGUCUGCGCGAAUGACUGCGGGGUGCACCAACUGGUGAAUCAUUGGCUGAGGACGCACGCUUGUAUUGAACCUUUUAUAUUGGCGGCGCACCGGCGGCUGAGCUCCAUGCAUCCAAUUUUCAGGCUGCUCCACCCGCACAUGAGGUACACGCUCGAGAUCAAUGCCCUCGCUAGGCAGAGUUUGAUCAACGCCGGCGGAGUUAUAGAGGCGUGCUUUACACCUGGGCCGCUCUGUAUGGAGAUCUCGGCUGAGUAUUACCGCCGCCAUUGGCGGUUCGAUCAGGAAGGCCUCCCCGCAGAUCUUAUACGAAGGGGCGUAGCCGUGGAAGACUCAUCUCAGCCGCACGGACUCCGUCUCCUCAUCCCCGACUACCCCUACGCCAACGACGGCCUUCUAAUCUGGUCCGCCAUCGAGCAUUGGGUCAACAUCUACACCACCCAUUACUAUCCUAACGCCACCUCCAUCCUCUCCGACACCGAACUCCAAUCCUGGUACUCCGAAUCCAUCAAUUCCGGCCACGCCGACCUCCGCCACUCCCAUUGGUGGCCGCCUCUCUCCACCCCCACCGACCUCUCCUCCAUCCUCACCACCCUCAUAUGGCUCUCCUCCGCCCAACACGCCGCCCUGAACUUCGGCCAAUACCCUCUCGGCGGCUACGUUCCCAACCGCCCUCCCUUGAUGCGCCGCCUUCUCCCUGACGAUAAAGAUGCCACCUUUAUCGCCGACCCGCACCGUUUUUUUUUGUCGGCGAUACCCAAUGUUUUGCAGGCGACAAAGUUUAUGGCGGUGGUGGAUACGUUGUCGACGCAUUCGCCGGAUGAAGAGUAUAUAGGGGGGAUAAGGGAGGCGGCUUGGACGGCGGAGGAGGAAGUUUUGGAAGGGUAUAAAGAGUUUGCGGCGGAGAUGGAGAGGAUUGAGGAGGAGAUUAGCAGGAGGAAUGGGGAUUCGGGGAAGAGGAAUCGGUGUGGUGCAGGUGUGCUGCCUUAUGAGUUGCUUCUGCCUAGUUCGGGACCAGGGGUCACUGCCCGUGGAGUGCCCAAUAGCAUUUCUAUAUGAAUUUCUCUCUCUCUCUCCUCUCUCUGUGGAAGUUUGUGGAGCAAAUGUAUUAUUAUUAUUAUUAUUUGUAAUUUUUUAUUGCCUAAGUUUUUUUAUUUAUAAUUAAUAUUAAACUA